UCCGGCCGUACCAGCUUCACUUCGCUUUCUUCUCAGCCAUGUCGCCAAAGAAAAAAAGCGACGCGAAGAAGAAAGGCGAACCAGCUGGGAAAGCUAAAAGUAAGACAAAAGCCAAAGCCAAAACAGGGGCUAAAGCUUCGCCACCCACAGCAACGAGUUUGACGUCUGUGGGAUCGUUAAAGGAAGGCUACGACGCUCAAGCCAACCAGUAUGGCUAUGUGAAUGUGACCGACAUGAAAGCCAUGGGGAACCUUGCUGAGUUCCUGGGUCUGGAACCCGAUGUCGUCAGCAAGGAGAUGAAGGCGCUAGACUUUGACGCGAACAACAUGGUUUCAUUUGCAGAGUUCGUCCUGUGGGCCGACAAGCACACCAUUGGCAUUCCGCUCGGGAUCGAAAUUCCGGACAAGCGAGAAUGGAGGAAGGGCAUGCCAACCUGGUGGACGAGCAUUCCACCGCCCUCCCCCGAAGAAGAGGCACUGUUAAAAGCAGCGACAGCGGGCGCAAAGGGAUCGAAGUCCAAGAAGUCGAAGGCCAAACCAAAGGUGGCCGAAGACCCAGACACCUCAGAGUUGGAGGACUUCAUUGCUGCUGCAAAAGAAGGUGAGUGGGAAACAUUGCGAGAAAUCCUUGGCAGACAUCCUGGCUAUGUGAACAUGCGGCCACCUUAUCGCCGCUACGCCGCGAUUCACCAGGCGUGUUACCAUGGAGAUGUGGAAGUGAUUCGAGAACUCGCUUCAACCUGGUUUGCUGACGUCCUGCUGAAGACGAAGGAUGGGCAAACUCCAGAAGAAGUCGCAGAAGAGAACGGUAACGAAGAGGCUGUGUCCUGCUUGCAGGAACUGGCCGCGGGAAAGGAUGAUGCUGAAGAUGAAGAUGCGGAGUCAGAGGUGGAAGAGCCCCCGACCAAGAUGCUGCGGGGAGGUGGCUGUGAGCUUGAUGCUGAGCAGCUCAUGGAAAAGGCCAACGAGGCCAUUGAGCAUGCGAAGUGGGAGCGUUGGGAUGAGAUGUUCGAGAUUUUCGAUGUCUAUCCAGGUUGCCAAAACAUGCGGCCUGAGUUCCGUCGUUGGGCUGCCAUCCAUCAGGUGAUCUUUGCUGGAAAUGUAGAGACCUUGAAACGAAUGGUCGAUAGCGGAGCAAAUCCAGGCUUGCUGACCAGAGACAAGGAGACGCCCCUCCAAGUGGCUGAGCAGUUGGGUCAGAGCGAAGUCGUGGAGUACCUCAACACCCUUGAGGUCAGCGCAGACAGCGCAGCCUUGCUGCAGCAGGCACAUCAGGUGAUUGAUGCAGCAAAGGAAGGCAAGUGGGAUGAGACCUUUGAGCUCCUCAAGGGCUUCAGCAAUCCUGAGCAGGUGGUCAACACGCGGCCAUCUGUACGGCAAUAUGGUGUUCUUCAUCAAGCGGCCUUCCACGGCGACAUCGAGGUGCUUCGACGUUUGCUGGAGGAUUACAAGGCCAAUGUCAAGCUGUUGACCAAGGAUGGGAAGACAGCGUUGCAGAUCGCUGAAAGUGCCGGGAAAGAAGCUGCGAUAAAAUACCUCGAGGCCUGUGUACCGAGCAUCCAGCUAGAGGAUGAUUUCGUGAAGUAUCCAGAGCAGGUCUUCGUGAAGGUAGAAGAUGCAGGUCUUCUCAAGAGGUUUCAAGAUUUGUUGAACAAAUCGCACAAAUCCAUGUGCAACUUCACGCGUGACAGAAAUUGGGCCAGCGGCGAGUUUGUUCAGAACACUCCUGUGCCCACCGGCUAUGAAAUAGUGGGAGCCGUGCGGAACGAGAAUGCCGCUUUGUGGCGGAUUUACCAGGUAUCCAAGGAAGUCAUUCGCCUGGAUUGCAUGAAGCCAUUGAAGGAAGCUCCCUUCAAGAAGUGGACACCUUUGACCAUGGAGGCAGGUAAAGGGCUUGAUUGGAGCGACAUGGACUAUUGUGAUGAUGCCAACGAGUGGCUUCUCUUCCAUGCAAGUAUUCCUGAGGCCCUCUCUGCCAUUGCUCGCACGGGAUUUACCAUGGCAAAGCUGGGUUCUGGUGGUACCACAGGAGGAGGUGGUCUCUACGGUGAUGGAACCUACUUCGGAGAUUCCAUUACAAAAGCAGAUGAAUAUGCUCGUCGGAAGGUGGAGAAUGGUGAAUUCAAAGGUUGCCGAGCAGCUGCUCUGUGUCGUGUGCUUGGUGGCCGCCACUUCUACAUGGACAAGGACGUUCUUGAAAAGGACAAGCCAAAGUUUGCAAAGCGCGUCUUGGAAGGUCACUACAACAGCACAGUUGGAGACCGGUUGAAGGUGAAGAACACCUUCAGGGAAUACGUGGCCUACGAUGCUGCAUCCACGUAUUUGGAGUAUAUCAUCUACUACCGGCGAAAAGGAGUGCCUGCGAUGCACGAAUAAGAGGGCCAAUGAGAGGACACUCAGUCCUUGCCACAUGUUGAGCAGAGUGGUCUGGAUUCAGUCCCUGAGUGAUGAAGGGCAUUGAAGUACAUUCAGAGAGUAGUUGAAAAACAAUAGAGGCCAAGAAAGAACCCUUGAUCUUCUUUUCUUAUUUCAUGUAUGUGUUCAAGAUGAUGGACCGUCAAUUUCGGCGAGCAACAAAGCGUGGUCAGGAUCCCAGUGAGAUGGACCCGCAGAAAUCGAUUCGACUAGAGAAUUAUUUGUGGCUUUGCUCCCGGCUAGUAGGUGCUGACGCCAACACCUUGCCUGAUCAAUCAAAUAGUCACAUUAUGGCACCUACUUCAAUGACGAGCAGCCUUCUGCUCUGCCUGCAUGUACAGUGAAACUGCAGUAUCUUUGCGGAGCAAAA